ACAUGGACAUCUCCCUUAGCCGCCUCUCACCCCACUUCUGGGCGCAGCGUGCUAAGCCUCCGCAGAGGGGCUGGCGCCUCGGGGGGCGUGGCGUGGGGGGCGUGGGCUCUCCAGCUGGGGCCCCUCGGGGGGUGGAGGCGGGGCCGAGACCCCCGCCCGACGUUGGUGGGGGUCGGGAAUGGGCGAGCCUGUCCGGCGGCCGACCCAGUUGCUCCAGCCGCCGGACGGAAGAACGGUCGGCGCUGCGGAAGGUCGAGGGUCGUGCACCGCCGGCGCUGGGCGCCCGCCCCGCAGUCUCCGCCCUGCAGGCGGCGGCCUCUCUCCCGGCCGCAGAGCCGGCGCGGCGCGUGUGGGCGUCGAUCUCCGCGCGCACCGGCGCCCCACCCUCGUGCCGCGACGAGCUCCUGCCCGACGCUGAUAAGGACCCGGCUGGGGCUCCGCGCGGCCCGCGGGGCCGCCCUCUCGGGUUCAGUUUGCUGCCCCCAGCGCGGCUUCCGGGGGUUUCCAGCUGGUGGCUUGUUGGUUUGGAAGAGGACAGUUGCCCUUUAUUCUGGCGGCAGAUAGCAGGUGAAAAAGUGCUACACAAGUUUGAUGUUUGUGUCGUCUUCUCCAAGGCCAAGAAAUUAUCUCCAUAGGAGGCGACAGUACUAUGCAUGUUAUGAAUUGUGUCUCCUUGGCCAGUGAUAAAGAAAAUGGGAAUAUUGCCACGGCACCUGGAUUCAUGAUUGGGCAGACACCGCCUCCAGCACCUCCUCCACCUCCUCCUCCACCCCCUCCAUCUCCAGCAUGUUCAUGUUCAAGGGAAGAGUGUCCUUCCUCCCCUCCUCCACCCCCACCACCUCCACUUCCUGGGGAACCUCCCAUCCCACCUGCUCCACCAGGCCCACCCCCAGCUACUCAUAUGAACGGCUAUAGCCACCUUGGUAAGAAGAAGCGAAUGAGAAGCUUUUUUUGGAAAACUAUUCCGGAGGAGCAAGUUCGGGGCAAAACCAACAUCUGGACCUUGGCAGCCAGGCAGGAGCAUCACUACCAAAUUGAUACAAAGACCAUUGAGGAGCUCUUUGGACAGCAGGAAGACACCACCAAGUCUUCCCUUCCUAGGAGAGGAAGAACUUCAAAUUCAUCCUUCAGAGAAGCUCGAGAAGAGAUUACUAUUUUGGACGCAAAACGGAGCAUGAACAUUGGGAUAUUUCUUAAGCAAUUUAAGAAGUCCCCUCGGUCCAUUGUAGAAGAUAUUCAUCAAGGAAAAAGUGAGCAUUAUGGAUCGGAGACCUUGCGAGAAUUUCUUAAGUUUUUGCCAGAGUCAGAAGAGGUAAAGAAGUUAAAAGCGUUUAGUGGCGACGUGUCCAAGCUGUCUCUGGCAGAUUCCUUUCUGUACGGCUUAAUUCAGGUGCCAAACUAUUCACUUCGGAUUGAAGCCAUGGUGCUAAAGAAGGAAUUUCUACCUUCUUGCUCUUCUCUAUAUACAGAUAUCACAGUUUUAAGAACUGCUAUAAAAGAACUGAUGUCAUGUGAAGAGCUACAUUCUAUAUUACACUUGGUGCUCCAGGCUGGGAAUAUCAUGAAUGCAGGAGGGUAUGCCGGCAAUGCAGUAGGAUUUAAACUGUCUUCUUUGCUCAAAUUGGCAGACACAAAAGCAAACAAACCUGGGAUGAAUCUCCUGCACUUUGUUGCACAGGAAGCCCAAAAGAAAGAUACCAUUCUUCUAAACUUCUCAGAAAAACUGGAUCACGUUCAGAAGACUGCUAGAUUAUCCCUGGAGAACACAGAGGCAGAACUGCACUUGUUGUUUGUCAGGACAAAAUCACUAAAAGAAAACAUCCAGCGGGAUGGUGAACUUUGUCAGCAGAUGGAAGAUUUUCUUCAGUUUGCCGUAGAAAAGCUGAGGGAACUGGAAUGCUGGAAACAGGAGCUCCAGGACGAGGCCCACACCCUUAUAGAUUUUUUCUGUGAAGACAAAAAAACCAUGAAACUGGAUGAAUGCUUUCAGAUAUUUAGAGAUUUCUGUACCAGAUUCAACAAAGCAGUUAAGGACAACCACGACCGGGAGGCGCAGGAGCUGAGGCAGCUGCAGAGGCUGAAGGAGCAGGAGCAGAGGCAGCGCUCCUGGGCAACUGGGGAGCUGGGGGCAUUUGGCCGGAGUAGCAGUGAGAAUGAUGUGGAGCUGCUGACCAAGAAGGGUGCAGAGGGUCUUCUCCCUUUCCUGCACCCCAGGCCCAUCAGCCCCGCCAGCCCCUCCUACCGGCCCCCAAACACCCGUCGCUCCCGCCUCUCCCUGGGUCCCUCUGCUGACCAGGAGCUGCUGACCUUCUUGGAGAGCUCCACCCGCAGCCCUGAGGAGCCCAACAAGUUCCACAGCCUGCCCCGGAGCAGCCCCAGGCAGGCCAGGCCCCCGGUAGACUGCCUGGAGCCUGAAGAAGUGAGGCACCCGGACUCCAGCUUUGCAUACAAACCUCAGGCCUCGGGAGGCCAGGAGGAGGCCCCCAACCCCCCCUCAGCACGAGGGCACCAGCAUCCAGCCGCCCAGCCUGAGGACCCUGCCUCUGCCUUUCGCAGAGCUCGGCACCAGGGCGUCAGUGUCCUCCGAAAGAGGUACAGUGAGCCCGUGAGCCUGGGCUUAGCACAGUCCCCUCCUCUCUCGCCAUUGGCUCUGGGGAUUAAGGAGCACGAACUGGUGACAGGGCUGGCCCAGUUCAACCUCCAGGGUUCCCAGGGCAUGGAGGAGACCUCCCAGCUGACUUUGAGUGACUUCAGUCCUAUGGAGCCAGGGUCUGUGGGGCAUGGGGUCCCGCAGUCCCUCAGUGCCAGCAGCAGCAGCCUGACACCCAUGGGCAGAGAUGCCCUGGGGAGUCUCAGCCCAGCCCUGGAGGACGGCAAGGCUGCCCACGAUGAGCCUGGAAGUGCGGCUUUGGGAUCUGUGGGUAGCAGCGACCCUGAGAACAAAGAUCCCAGGCCUCUGUUCUGCAUCUCGGACACCGACUGCUCGCUGACCCUGGACUGCUCAGAGGGAACUGACUCCAGACCCAGAGGCGGGGACCCGGAGGAAGGCGGGGAAGGGGAUGGCUCCAUGUCCUCUGGGGUUGGAGAAAUGGGGGACAGCCAAGUCUCCUCCAACCCUACAUCCAGCCCCCCUGGGGAGGCUCCUGCCCCCGUCUCUGUGGAUAGUGAGCCCAGCUGCAAGGGUGGCCUGCCCAGGGACAAACCCACCAAAAGGAAGGAUGUUGUAGCACCAAAGAGAGGCUCCUUCAAAGAGGCGUCUCCCGGGGCCUCCAAGCCCGGGAGCGCCCGGCGGAGCCAGGGGGGAAUGGCCAAGCCGGUGCGGACCCUGACCACCUCGGAGAGCGAGAGCAUGCGCAAGGUCAUGCCCAUCACCAAGUCCAGCAGAGACGCCGGCUGGAGGCGACCAGAGCUGUCAUCCCGGGGGCCCUCCCAGAAUCCCCCCAGCAGCACAGAUACUGUGUGGUCACGCCAGAACUCCGUGCGGAGGGCCUCGGACACGUCGCCCAGGAGGACCUCCACAGGCGCCGAGGAGCAGAGGCUGCCGCGGGGGAGCAGCGGCUCCAGCAGCAGCCGUCCGGGGAGGGACGUCCCGCUGCAGCCCAGGGGUUCUUUCAAGAAGCCCAGUGCCAAACCACUCAGGAACCUCCCCAGACAGAAGCCUGAGGAAAAUAAGACCUGCCGCGCCCACUCCGAGGGCCCCGAGAGUCCCAACGAGCCCAAGACCCCGCCGGUGCCCAGCAUCCCCCAUGAACUACCCCGUGUCCCCAGCUUUGCCCGGAACACGGUGGCCUCCUCCUCUCGAAGCAUGAGAACAGAUCUUCCUCCCGCGGCCAAAGCACCCGGCAUCACUCGGACAGUGUCACAGCGGCAGCUGAGGGGGAAAGGGGACCCCGAGGAUACCACUCCCAAGGACAGCGGCACAUUGAGGCGAGCCAGCAGUGCCCGGGUCCCCAAGAAGCGCCCAGAGUCUGCGGAGGGUCCCAGUGCCAACACGGAGGCCCCUCUGCAGUCCAGAGGGGCUGGGGAAAGGGCCUCCCUCCGUCGGAAGGACUCCAGUCGGACCACGCUGGGAAGAAUCCUCAAUCCGUUAUGGAAGUGAUGGGUGCCUGUCCUCUCCUGCCUCCUGGGAUUCAGACGGUGAAGACUGACUUCUGGGGCGAGGAUGGGGAAAGAGGCAGCAUGUCUUUGUUACAGAUAAAGCAGCCGCUGGUGCCACUGCUAGUGACACUGUCGGGAUGGCACAGUCCAGGAGGCCUGUGGACUGCAGCCUGCUGUGCUGAGCCCUGCUGCAGUCCAGCAUCCAGAUGGACAAAGGUUCACUACUGUGAGGGCCACGCCUCCCCCAUGCACCCCACCCUCCCCCAAACCCCGGAUCCCGAGAAAGACUUCAUAGGAGUGUAAGGUGACAUUCUUAUGAAACAAGUCAAAAAAGUUUUUUUCUGGCCAGUUUUUAUAUAUCAAAGACUUUCUUUUUAAUAUAAAAAUUAGCUAGGUGCAGUGGCUCAUGCCUGUAAUCCAGAACUUUGGGAGGCCAAAGUGGGCGGAUGGUUUGAGCCUAGG